AUGUUUAUUCAAAUACCAGCAAAAGACUUAUAUGUUAGUGAACCUGAUCCUCGAGAUUUUGGAAACCCAAAAAACGAUGACUCAAAGGUUAAUUGGUUAAAGAGCAGAUUUCACUUUAGUUUUGCAGGUAUUAUUUUAAUCAAUUCAAGAAUACUAUGAUCCAUCCAAUUUAUCAUUUGGAGUAUUAACAGUAAUGAAUGACGACUUAGUCUAACCUAAUAGAGGUUUUGGAAAGCAUCCACAUUAAAAUAUGGAAAUUGUCACUUACAUAGUGUAAGGGGAAUUAACUCACGAGGAUUCAAAAGGAAACAAAGAAUCACUUGGGAGAGGAUCAGCAUAAUAUAUGAGUGCAGGAUCAGGCGUUUAUCAUUCUGAAUACAAUUUAUCAAAAAAAGAGGUUUGUCGAUUCAUUUAAAUGUGGAUAAAGCCAAGACAAACUAACACAAAAGUUUAAUAUAAGAGUUAUCGAGGACAGAAUGGUUAAGCAAAUAAUCAAUGGUUCCAUUUAGUUGGAGAUUUAUAAGAAAAUUCAUAAGCUCCAGCAACAAUUAAUUAAGAUGCUAAUAUAUGGAUCAAUGAGUUUUCAACUGAAUAAAGAUUUGAGGUAUUUCUUUGUUUCUAAACAAUAGAUCAAGGAGGGCAGAUAAGCUUACCUCUUAUGUGUGGAAGGUCAGUUUGAAAUGACUAUUGAAUAAAACUUACCUUUGCAAGAACUCAAAAGCUAAUUAAUAAAUUAGCAUGAUGGUGUAAAGGUUUUCAAAAGUAUUGUCUUGAAACCAAAAGACAAGGCUCAUGUCUUAUUGGUAGAGAUGAAAAAGUGA